UCAGUUCGCGGAAGAUGAAAGCGAGACCCGCGCAUGCUCUACUUGUUGCCCUUUUCCUCAUAUCGUUCCCGGAGGCAUCCAAUCAGCAGUACUACGGAGGAGGACGAGGAUACGAAGGCCGAUCGGCAGGCUACCCCGAUUACGGACGAGAUUACGGACGGGAUUACUACGAUUAUCGCUACCCGAACUACAACGCAUACAAUGGCUAUCAGCGGAAUUAUUACGACGACUAUUACAACAGAGGGGGACGUUCUUACGACGGAUAUGGCUGGAAUCCCCGAUACGAUUACGACGUCGGGCGGAGGUACCCGGUCACGCCAGGGUAUGGAAAUUAUGAUUAUUUCUACGGAAGGAGCUCGAGAGAUAGCAGCGUAAGGAACGUGGAUCCCUUCCCGGGAAAAUAUCUCGGCCUCGGCUCCGUUCAGUACAGCUCAGGGGGCAGAGACGUUGAGCUGCUGUGCACAUUGUCCAAAGACGGCCAGAAAGUCGUGUCGAAUGUCGUAUGGGUCAAGGUGGAGAACGCAUAUCGUUACCCUGGACCACCUGGCGGCCCUGAAGUCAAUCCGUACUACUGUCCCAGCGGAGGCUGCAUCUACCGACAAGUCGAUUACAGCAACAGACGGUUCUUCGCCGAUCUGCACGGCGACGUGGCAACCCUGCACAUCUACGACACCGAACCCCAGGAUCAUGGUGUGUACCGGUGUAGUGCUGCCGGGCAGACUUCGAAAGCAACGGAGACUGAAACCACCUUCCAGAUAGUUGAAUAUUUCAAUUAG